ACUGAGGUCUCAAUCCAACACCAGGUGCUUCUGAUUGACAAUCAGGAGGUUCACCUGAGGACACCUGCCUCCUGGAGGAGACGUCAAAUCUCAAUGGAAACCAACAAGUUGUCUUCUGCCUGAGGAGCACCUUUAGCUGUAUCAGGCACCUGGAAGUGUUUAACCGAAGCAGCUCCGCCCUCCGCUCACACUGCUUCACUUCCUGAUCUGUGUCCUCUGAACGGAAUCCACUCUGCAGACUUCACUCACCAACGUCUGUAAGAAACUGUGUGUGCAGAGAAAUCCAGAGCAAGGGGACAGGAAGGAAACUCGGGUUGAAUUCAGAGACGUGGAACAGACAACAGACUGCAAGAAAGGACUAACUAACUCCACGUGGAUCACCAGGAGGACGUUAAAGUAAAACAGAGAUGGAGAAUCUGUUUGACUUUGAAGGCGGCUCUUCGGACUACAGACUCCUCAUCCCUCAGAGCGACCCUAAAGACGAACUCAUCACAAGUCUGAAGUCGUUCUCAGUCCUCUACAGCCAACGCAGAGAUCGUCUCCAGAGAGUUUCAGAGAGCUUCACACUGACGGCUGUUCGACUCCACCAGGACGCCCCUGAGAAUAAAGCAGUACGGGUGGUGUUUGCUGUGUUCGGAGGAGCUCUUGGAGCAGGGUGCGGGGUCGUUUCUGGAGGAGUCUGGGGGUUUCUGGGGGCCGUUAGCGCUGCAACGUUCACCAGGAUUUGUGGUAAAAUUAACGCAGUUGGUGCGACUGUCGGAUUCUUCGGCAGCGUGCUGGGUGGAGUCGUCGGGGGAGUUUUUUGUGGAGCUCUGGGAGGAGCUAUCGGAGCUACAGCUGGAGCAUCUGCUAGCCCGGUUCACGGCGUUGUUAGCGAUGUAGCGUGGUUCACCAUCGGCUGUGCGACUGGAGGUGCGAUUGGAGGCACGUUUGGAGGGACGGUUGGUGCAGCAGGCGGGGCAGUCGGAGGCGCUUUUGGUGGGUUUUGUGCCACCAGGUUUGCGUCAUGCUUAGUGGGAAGCAUCUUCGGGCGCGUGAGUGGGAACAAAGAUUCAGACGGACAGAAAAAGAUGUUAAAGAACAAGAGAGCGAUCGAGGACGCUGCAGGAGACUUCAGAGAAACCAUCAAACCACUGCUGCAGGAGAUGAAAACCAUCAAAUCCAUAAGUGAUAAAAUGAGUGACAGUGACGGCGUGCAGAGCGUAGCCACAGGAAUAGAAAAGACUCUGGAUGCUGUGAUAAUACUGGGAAUAACUCUGAUUGACUCUCAGAGAGCCACUGAUCUGCAGAAGUUUGUCUCCAGUGUUGAAGACGCGGCGAGACAAAGCACGAAAACCACAGAGGAGCUGAAGACGACGAGUCAGGAAGUGGAGAAAGUUUUGGGAUCGUUGAGGAAACACUGAAAACUGAUGUGAGCUGAGACUCAAAGUUAGUGUACAGAAAUACUCAUUAGAAAAAGAACACAAAGAUAAGUGUCAGUUAAGCAACUUCCAGGGUUGGAGCGCAAGACACUGCAGUUCCUUGAGUGUCCACUAGAGGCUGGUUCCAAAGUCAAAGAUGCAGCAUUAGAGCCCUGUAUCAAAACACAGAUCCUUACAGCUGAAUUAAACGUGUUCGCAGCUUGGUUCAAAAUGUUUUAGGGGUGAGCCCGACUAAGGAUUCGCUUAGUCGAAUCUGAUUCAUCAGAUUUUGCCCAUAGUCGACGAAUAGUGGAAUGUUUGUUGUUUUUCCU